AUGGAUCAUAACCAGUUUAAGUUUAACUUUUCCAUAGAUCAAGUUUUAGAAGAAUGGAAAACAUUAGAUGAAAAUGAAGACAAACAGAUUGUAGAUGAAGAAGAUGAUAACGAUGAAUCGAAUAUUAUUAGUCAAGAAUCCUUCUUUGCUCCUCAUUAUGAAGCUGGCAUUGAAUAUUUUACCAUAAACAAUCCUGAAAAAGUAAAACAAAAAUGGAUUGAAGCAAGAAAAUUGAUUAUACCGCAUAUUCAAAAAGUUGUCAAGAAUUUAGUUCGAGAGAAAUUUCAAAAAUAA